AUGUAUCCCGGACCGAUCCGGUGUGGUCCCAACUCGUCCAGCUCUUUCAACGACUCCUAUACAGCUGUUGCGCAGUUCUGCGUCGGCAACGGUCAGUUGAUUGGAAAUUCCGAACCUCCAAAUCUCCUUCACAACUGAAUUUGGAAGAAAGCUCGAAAACUAGAAAAAAGUUUCAAACAAUUUGCCGAAUCAUUAUUUUUUGAUGGAUAGUCGAAGUUUUAGUUGGCAAAAAAAAAGAGAAAUUGUGAGGCUCACUUCAAAUCAAUCAUCAUCAUCAAAUCAAAUCAUUUAUUUAGUGGUUUUUGUCUGAUGUAAUCGACUAGGCGGUGAACAAGAACUUCAAAACCUAUAACGAACAACCGCCUUUGGCGAACUAGAAGUCCAAACGUGUAGUCGGAAGAGCUGAAAGCAUGGUCUUACGGUCCUUCGCCUCGUUCUUAUGCGCGUAGUCCCUUCAAUUGCGCCUAGCACAACUCAGAAUGUAGCGAAUGUUGUGCUGGUGCCUGGAGACCGUGCUCUAGGUAGAAGCCUCAGAAUGAGAGCGACCACUUUGAAUGAAGAUUUUACACGGAAUUUACAUUUCAAAUAAAUCAAAGACAUAUUUCUGUAGUGGACCCUUUCCAUAACUUCAAAAUUUUAUAACUUAUUCGCACAGUUUAGAACGGAAUUAGAUGCCUUUUUUUGGCUCUUUCUUAUUGUUAUCUCGUAAGCCUGAGAAUAAUUCAACUAUUUUUUGAGUUAGCUGCCAGCCUUCUUGAGAAAAAAAAAAUUGAAAGCAAGAGUCGCGAAAAAAAUGGUUGUUUAUCGCUUUGCAGUUAAUUUUUGUGCAAAGUUAAUCUUCCUUCCUACAUUCAAGAAAUUAGAAGUGAUUUCAAAAACAACUCGCUUUUUUUUUCGAAAUGCUUAUUAGACGCUAAAUAAAAACAAAACGUUGCGCUUUUUUUGAUUUACCAGUUUCUUUGAUAACAUGACAAAGGAAUGAAAAGAUAAUUCCAGACUAUCACACAUAUUUUGACGGCUGCGCCAACAAGUGCGUGCGGGGGCUGCAGAUCUACUCGUUGUCGCAUUACGCAGAUCCAGAAGCUUUCAUAUAUGGACAGGUACAGUACUAAACGUACCAUAGGUCAAGAGGAAGACAUAUCAGUAUUGAAAAAGAGAUUUUAAUAUGUGUUGCAGUUGUCUCUUUUGUGUUCAACGGGUUGCAAAAAAGCCGUUUUUACUGAAGAGUGUUUUCAUUAGAUCAAAAGACAACAUCUAUAAAAAAAAAUUUCCGAAGAACAAAUAGGUAUUUCAGGUAUUUCCAACGCUUGUUCUUCUCGCGAUGUUCGCAAAUGUCGCGGUGGCUAUGGUGCUUUCAAAAAAGCAUAUGAUAACACCGACAAACGUCGUGCUCAAGUACAUGGCAAUCGCUGAACUUCUAGUCGGACUUGUCCCGUUGCCUUGGACGCUCUUUUAUUUUACUUUAGGGUAAGUGAUUUUCAAUCAAAAGUCCGAGUUUUAGAAAUUGGAUUGAUGACUUUCCUUUGGAAUUCGAGUGGAAACUCUCACAGUGUGAUAAAAAAAUUUUUUCUUUAGAUUUCACCUUGAACUUGGCGUUUGGUUUUGACAAACUGAAUUAAAAUUCUCUGUUUUUUAUAACUGACAACUUGAAAAAUUAUAAAAGUUUAGAAGAUUUUCCUUCCCUUAAUAAUGAAGUGUUUGUAUCGUUUGUUUAACAAUUAAGUGUUUGUAUCUGUUUCCAGAGACGUCCCAAGUUUGAAGCAAAGUGACACGAAUUACCUUUUUACUCAAUUUUGAACCUUUAUGUCCUUUCCGUGUCGUUAAGGUGUCAGCUAAUAGCUUCAUAGAGUCCAGCUUCUUGAGGAGCUUCGAGCUUAUCUUCAAAAGUCAUCAGACAUCAAAAAUGCACCCUGUCUGAUUGAGAUCCUCACAUUGCCCAUUGGAACGCUCCCGGAAGCUUUUCAUCAAAUCCUGCAGACAAUGAAAAAAGACGUUUGUUCCGGAGCUGUUUUUGGAUGUUUUGCGGGAAACAGAGCGAAUAAUUCAGCGGGAGAAAAUAUUAACCUUUUUUGUUUGUUUUUUUUUUGGUUUUGAGCAAUGUUUAAAUGUAUUUUUUCCAGCAAUUACGCAAAACAAGAACGACUAGAGCUCUGGUGGUGUUAUCUGCAGAAAUACAGUAUGGACGCUGUGCCGCCAGUUUUCCACAACAUUGCCAUGUGGCUCACUGUUCUUUUAGCUGCUCAAAGGUGUGCAUAUAUCUAUUUGAUCUAACAACAAGUCAUUUAGAUACGUAUCUAUCAGUUAUCCUCUUCAUUCGAGAGGCGCCUGUAGUGUCAGAAAUGUACGAAUAGCGACAGUCAUAAUUGCGGUUCGUUUUCGGAAUUUCUAACAUAGAAAUGAGUGGUCCGUUUGAUUUAAAUAAUAAUAAAAUCUUCAUUCACUGCAUCUUUAAUAAAGGUAAGUAGGUUGUUUUUUUACACAAAUAUCCGUGGUUCGCACUUACUCAAAAAUCGGCGUGACAAACUUUAUUUUUCUCAAACACUUUUUUUUCGAAAACAAUCGAAUUGCUUUCUUCAGAUACGUUUUUCUCGAUCAGCGCGAAUGAGACCUGACCGAAUAAAGUUUUCAGAAAUGACGUGAACAAUUUUAGAAGCAAAAAAGUCAUUCACAAAAUUACUGAGCGAACUAUUUCAAAAAAUUUCGCAACUUCCAUUUUUAGGUUAUAUCUUUAUUAUGUGGACUACCCAAAUCAUUUGAUUACUACUACGAAACUGUCGACACCUGGGUGUAUUACGAUGGCACUUGGAGUUAUGUUCGGUGAGUGGAAAAAUGAAAACCCAUUUGAAAAUGAUAAUUGAACAAGGGAAUGAAGCGAAAAACUUGGAAAACAAAAAUUGUUGAAAACCAAAGGUGAAUAGGUGAAUAGAGCAAUAAGCUUGAAGUUUUAGGAUCGAUAUUACAAAUGCUUUCAGGUCGUGUGCGAGUGGACAACGUGCGCUUCUGCUACUGACUGGAGAAACGGUGUUUUUCAACGUCUACUUCUGGACGAGAGCUCUUGGGUUCAUCCUUCUGCCCAGUACUUUGCUUGUCAUUCUCAACGUCUUGCUCAUCCGUGGCAUAAGAAAAGCUCAAAAACGAAAGUUACGCCUCCUUAGGUAAGUCAAGGUUUUGAGUGAGAAGGCAUAUGUGCGGGUGCUUCCUCCUGAGCUUGGACCUAUUCUUUUCCCUUCAAACACAUCUGUAAAGUUUCCUAUUGCCCUUUUUUCAGUUUAUUUUCAUUUGUUCUUGCUCAUGUGGAAGUGGUGUGCAUAUGGCUUCGCAAUUUUUUAAUUCGCCUUUUUACUGGACCAAUUUCCAUUCCAUUCAAAAACAGUGGCAUUCAGAAGCAGACAAGUCGAGAUCUCUAUGAUAAUUUUAAAGAACUGCGUAACUGACGUUCCAAGGUGAAUUCCGCCUGCGGUUUGCGUCCAGAAUGCGUCGGACUUUUUGCUUUUUACCUUCUGAAUGAUGACGUGCAUCUGUAAUAAUUUCAUUUGUCUUCAUCUCGAGUUUGCUGUUGGCGCGGUCAUUUUAUGUUUACUAGAAAGCAUGUUAGAUUGUUUUUUAUUGUAGCAAAGUAAGUUUUGGUGAUAAGUAUUGGUCCUUAGAAAAAAACUCAUAAAUAAGUGUUUCAUGAGAUUUCCGGAUUUUCCCAUUGAUUUUUUUAACAUUGUACAAAGAUUUAAAUAUAGAUUUUUUUGAUAGUUUUUUUGCCUAUGAAUCUUCCCAUUCUAACUUAUGAGGCUAGUAAACUUAGGAUGUCACUAUAUGAAAAACAUUCAAGUUUCCUAAUUCGAAUAGGAGGUUUGCGCAGUAGCGACUGUGAGGUAUCUAAACCUUUAUGGAACUCUGAAAAAAUUCAUGCGAAUUCCCAAAUUCAAGCUAAUUGACAUAACUUUUGAGCGUGUUGACUAAUUCAUUACAAAAAUUUUUCGCCGAUCGUUUCCUGGGCCUCGGGCUCGAUUGUUAGUCAAGCGUUGUUCUAAUUUCUUCCGAGUGGAUGCUUGUAUACUGUGAAAAAAUUCGAUGUAAUAAACCGAAAAAACUGGAAAAUUUCAGAGAGAAGAGAUCAGAAGAAGCCGCGCGACAGAGGGAUAGCAACUCAACGAGCCUCAUGCUUGUCGCAAUAGUGUCAAUUUUUCUUGUGAGUCCUCAUUUAUUUUCUCGAACAAAAAUCAAAGUUCUGAAGAAGAGAUAUUUGAACACCUUACAGAUAGUCAAUCUUCCGCAGGCCGCUUACAUGGGUAUUUUGUGUGUAUGUGAAACUUUCUCAAUUCGGAUGUCUAUUCUGGACGGAAUGUUCCCAGCUGUUUUUCUACUCGCUAGUAACAUGAUUGUCAUGGUCAGUUGCUAGUUUUUACAGUUUCAUGAACUCCAUUUUCAGGCAACGUACCCAAUCAACUUCAGCAUUUACUGCUUUAUGUCCAGCAGUUUUAGACAGACUUUCAAAGCGAUGUUUUGCUCGUAAGUUUCCGUUAAGAAAGGAAAUCCUUACUGUUCCGCUUUUUGUAACUAACUUAUUUCCGGUAAAAAAAAAUUUAUCAAAAAUCGAAUGAUUGAUCAGUGGAAAAAUUGAUUUUCCAAAUGAAAGGUUUUCACAGAUAACCAAUCGCAUGCAACCCUAAAAAAGUUGAAGCAUUCAUAACAAUUUGAAUUGCAGCGGAAUCUCCAAGGAGUAUGAAAGGAAGCGGGACGUGAGUGCGGCGCUGUCGGACAGACGCUCCAAGUACUGCACACAGUUGGUGAACAUCACAGAAAACGACCCGCCGACGGAGAUUUCGCUGAGGACGAGACGAUCCGAAGCCUUCGUCUCCGCCUGCAGCAACCACUUGUCUCCUCUGGCUGCUGUUUAG